CCCAGCGCAGGAAGGAAAUCCGCGUCCACCGUUGCCUCGCCUCUAUAACAGCUACAAAACCCUAAAACGCUCUCCCUCCCGUCUAUUUUCUCAAGGAGCAGAGGAACUGAGGUAAACGCGCCGUUCCUACUCUCCUUCUCUCCUUCUCUCCCUUCAUCGGUGAGGAGAAAAUCAUGGCGUACGCAGCAAUGAAACCUACGAAACCAGGGCUGGAAGAACCACAGGAGCAAGUUCACCGCAUCCGUAUUACUCUCUCCUCCAAGAAUGUUAAAAAUCUCGAGAAAGUGUGUGCUGAUCUGGUUCGUGGGGCCAAAGACAAGAGGCUGACCGUCAAGGGACCAGUGCGGAUGCCGACCAAGGUCCUCCACAUCACCACCCGGAAGUCCCCUUGCGGAGAAGGAACCAACACAUGGGAUAGGUUCGAGCUUCGUGUGCACAAGCGAGUGAUUGACCUUGUCAGCUCUUCUGAAGUGGUGAAGCAGAUCACCUCUAUCACCAUUGAACCGGGUGUGGAGGUUGAGGUUACCAUUGCUGAUCCAUGAAUUUGGAUUUUUUUGUUUUCUUCUUUCGUGAGUAGUUAGUGCCGUGCUUUAUCUGUUUGAAUGAAGAGCUCAAAAUCAUAGCUGUUUGUUUUGUUUUGGAGUGUACAACUGAUUGACCUCUGAUUGCUUCCAGAGAUCUGGCACCGGCUGUUGCUGAUAUGAUACAUUGAAUUAUUAUUUUCA